UCUCCACAGGAACCGGGGCGGCCAGACAGGCGGCACAAUACGGAACAGAGCGGCGCGAGCCUUCAGACGAAACAGCGGUCAGCCCACACAAACAGUAGCUGUUAUGUCAAGAAGUAUGUCGCCUCUAUGGGUUUGUAGUCUUCUAAUAUAAACAACGCAGACAUGACAGCGACCGUUCAUAUCUGCGCCACGGGUUGAGGCUGUUUUGAAUGUGUGAGUAAACUAUCCGGAGCCACCCCCUUUACACAACCUCUUGGAUACCGACCUCCCCGGGCGGCCGCGGCGGCUUCGGGUGUCCUAAUGGCGGACCCAACAGAACCAGCUACCGGGAGCUCCGCGAAUGACAAAACCCAAGCGAUAAAUGAUGCAGAGCUGGCUCUGAAAGGAAUCAACAUGCUGCUCAACAACGGAUUCAAGGAAAGUGAUGAGCUCUUCAGGACAUACAGGAACCACAGUCCUUUGAUGAGUUUUGGAGCAAGUUUUGUGAGUUUUAUGAAUGCUGUAAUGACAUUUGAAGAGGAGAAAAUGCAGACGGCCUUUGAUGACCUCAAAUCCACAGAGAGAUUGUGUGAGAGUGAAAAUGCCAGCGUUAUUGAAACCAUUAAGAACAAGAUAAAACGGAGUCAGGUAGACUCCCAGAGGUCGGGGAUGGCUGCUCUGGACCGGCUGCAGAGGCAAAUCAUCAUAGCAGACUGCCAGGUUUACAUUGCAGUCCUUUCUUUUAUCAAACAAGAGUUGUCAGCCUAUAUCAAAGGAGGCUGGAUCCUCCGAAAAGCCUGGAAGAUGUAUAACAAAUGUUACAAUGACAUCACACAACUUCAAGAAGGCAGCAGAAGGAGGGCGUCCGAGCAGCAAGCAGUGCCUCUGCCGUCCACCUCAGAUCCAUCCCACAGCAGCCGAUCCUCCUCAACUGGACCCAGUCGGUCCCAGAGAUUGGACGGCAUCAGCCCAGAGGUUCUGGACCGGCUGAAAGGUUCUGUCAGCUUUGGUUAUGGCCUUUUCCACCUGUGUAUCUCAAUGGUGCCGCCACAUCUGCUAAAGAUCGUCAACCUGCUGGGCUUCCCUGGAGACCGCCAUCAAGGCCUAUCUGCGCUCACUUAUGCCAGUGAAAGUAAGGACAUGAAGGCCCCGUUAGCUACCCUUGCCCUGCUGUGGUACCACACCGUGGUUCAGCCCUUCUUUGCUUUGGAUGGCUCAGACACACAAGCAGGAUUAAUGGAAGCUAAAUGCAUUCUUAAACAGAGGGAGGCCACCUAUCCAAACUCCUCCCUCUUCAUAUUUUUUAAAGGCAGAGUUCAACGCCUUGAGUGCCAGAUCAGCAGUGCCUUGAAGUCCUUCAAUGACGCUUUAGAUUUGGCCUCAGACCAGAGGGAGAUUCAGCAUGUGUGUUUAUAUGAAAUAGGUUGGUGCAGCAUGAUCGAACUCAACUACGGAGAAGCCUACAGAGCCUUUGAGCGAUUGAAGGCAGAAUCUCGGUGGUCCCAGUGCUACUAUGCCUAUCUAACAGGCGUGUGCCAAGGGGCCACAGGUGAUCUGGAGGGUGCCAUAUUAACCUUUACAGACGUUCAAAAACUUUUCAAACGCAAGAAUAAUCAAAUAGAGAUGUUUUCCUUGAAGAGGGCAGAGAACUUCCAGAGCCCAAGUCUAUCCAAAGAGCUCUGCAUCUUGUCGGUGAUUGAGAUUCUGUAUCUGUGGAAAGCCCUCCCCAACUGCUCCUCUGCCAACCUGCAAACAAUGACUCAUGUGUUGCAGGGGAUUGAAGAUGCGUCAUGGGCUGGCCUGAAAAACCUGCUCCUUGGUGCCAUAAGCGGAUGUCUGCUUAAUACUAAAGAUGCCGUGCAGUAUUUCCAUCUGGCUGCGAGGGACGAGGUUGGACGUCAGUGCAAUUCUUACGUCCAGCCCUACUCCUGCUAUGAAAUGGCCUGUGUCCUGCUGAAUUCCCCAGAGACUGCAGCAAAGGGUCGAACUCUAAUGCUUCAGGCUAAGGAGGACUACGCUGGCUAUGACUUUGAGAACAGGCUCCAUGUUCGGAUUCACUCUGCACUCGCGUGUAUGAGAGGAGCAGCCCAGCCUUGAUAUUGGAUCAGCAUCUUAAACUAAAUCAAAGUACAAGUGGGAACCCUGAUGUUUUACUGUGUUUUUAUUUGAAUGUCUAUUGGUCAAAAGGUCUCCAUGAAACACAAAUGUUUCAUGGUGGAACAUUAAGUUUUACAGACCUGCAGCUGUACUGCACAAUAAAUUAGCACAUAUGUUUCUUUCUAUUCUGAGUGGUUUGACUUAAAAGAUAGUUUGCACUUGUUUAAUGUAUUUGGCAGGUCUGUAGAAAUCUGUCAAAGUUCACAGCAAAUAGAGAAACAAAGUUAUAUUCUGUGAACACAAAGAAGUGCUGUUAAAGUUUCUGUUGCCUAAAGUAGAAAGGACCUUAGUCUUGGUUUCUCAUCAUUUGUGUUUUAAAGAAUUUGCUAAACCAUUGCCAUAAUAUGUGACUAUUGUCCUACUUGAAGCAGAGUUCUUUUUGGGUGUAAAUAUGUUUUGAAUGCAUAUUUAUAAAAAUGUGCAGAAAUGUUCCACUUCUAAGUGGUGUAAAUACACACUAAAACACUUUAUUGUCAACAAGUUUUACUGUAUAUUAGAAGAUUAAUAAAAAUACUGUUGGAAA